CUUCAUUAAUGCAUAGCACUAUUAAACACAGACGAUUGUGUUUAGAAUUAAUGGGAGUACUUAGAAUCAUACAAUUGCGCUCCUCGGCGCAUCCGAGGGCUUAGGCCUUUCAAAUAACUUUGUGAUGCGAAAUUCGACGAGGUUGUCAAUACAAGUGCAAACAGCUUAGACUUGUAUUAAUAUUGCUUCCGAGUUAAUACCGCCAGAGUGCUCAUUGGCAGAAUCAAUUCUCAUCCGCGAGAGAUGUCUUGGAUCUGGAACCCAGACGGUGAUGCCCCCAAGCCACCAGCAGAAGAUAAUAUGGUUCAGGACCCAUCAGACCCUACCAGGAAGGUAACCAAGAAAGCCGCCAAUCAGCCCUUCUUGGCCCAUAAGCAAUAUAGAGAGAAGCAGGAACAGGAGCACCAAGCAUGGCUUCAAAGAAAUCGCGAGCGUGAGGAGAAACUUGCCAGAGGGGAAGAAGUUGGUCCUGCGGAAGUGGAUCCUACUGCCGAGCAGGAAGUAGAGUUGCUUGGGCUGCUGAAGUUCAUUGUAUAUUUGAUUCUCAUUAUUGUCAUCGCGGGCAAGUUCUUCACUGGCAGCUUCCUGUGGGAAUACGAUGGAAAGUGGGCGCGAUUAAAAACAUAUUGGCCAAAUAGCGGGCGCCUCUUCUCGGAAACAUAUUUGGCAACAUUUGAUGGGAAUGACCCAACGAAACCCCUGUAUCUCGCGAUUGAUGGUGACGUAUUUGAUGUCUCAAGUAAUAGCAGAACGUAUGGUCCGGGAGGUCCUUACCACCAUAUGGUCGGAGUGGACGCAGCCAGGUCAUUUGGUACAGGAUGUUUUGCCACUCACCGGACACAUGACUUACGAGGUCUGACCGACAACGAGCUCAGGGGCGUCGAACAUUGGAAGAAGUUCUUUACUGAGCACAAAACAUACUACAAAGUUGGCAAAGUCUUGCACCACCCCAUUGAUCCCAAAAGUCCGAUACCGGAACAUUGUGAUCCAAAGAAAGAGCAGACGAAUCAUCCAACAACCGGAAAUUCUAACCCGAUGUCCCAUUCUAAGGGUAAUACGGAGACGCCAAUCCGCGAGGAGUUAUAGUCUACAGGCAUAGCUAUUGAUGUCCAUUAUCAUUAGGCACAUAUGGCGCGUAUAUAUAAGUCUAGGGUGUUCCGUAUGGCAUGUC